CCACUUGCACACUGCUACGCUCCUACCGCCAUGUCUGAACCAGCACCCGUCACUGAUCCAGUCUCUGCGACCAUUAGCCCUCACGAGCAGGAGAGGCUCAGACUAGAGGCACUCCUCCAGAAUCGACCAGAUCAGAGGGAACUCCAGGAUAAGAACAUCCUCAAAAGCACCUCCCUGGCCCCUUCGCUCCAAUCCGCAACUGCCCAACUCCAAAAAGCUCAAUUGGGCAACAAGCUUGAGUCCAAGCUUGAAUCCCGCCCUGAUCGAGAAGAAUUAGAGCGAGUGGGGAUCUUGAAAGAUGGGAAGGUUGCACCGGGAUUGCAGGCGAGACAGGAGGAGUUGAGAAAGGCGCAAUUGGAGGAUUCGCUCGAGAAGGAAUUGCAGGCUAGGAGACAGAGGGAGGAGCUCGAGCGACUCGGUAUACUCAAGCCGGGGAAUAUUGCCCCUGGCUUGCAGGCGAAGCAGGAGGAACUCAGGAAAGCACAAUUGGAGGAUCAGCUUGACAAGGAGAUUGCUAGUCGACCUACAAAGGAGCAGCUCGAGGCAAAGGGGAUUCUCAAGGGCGACGCAUGAUGUGAUGUGGAGACGGCGAAAUUGGGGAUCUGGACCAGCGGGAUUCAUUUCAUAUUCCUGUCGAUCUCGCCUUUGCC